GUGUGUGUGUGUGUGUGUGUGUGUGUGUGUGUGUGUGUGUGUGUGUGUUUUAAGUCUGCGGUUGUCUUUCUAGGAGAAGCAGAGACAAGCAGCACUCUCCUACCAUCUACUACAAGAGAGCUCUGUCCACUGGGGCGAAUCACAGACGGCCAAAACCGGGCUCAGGGACGGGUCACGCCCAGCUCACUUCCUGAUUGGUCCAGACGGCUUUGCGUCUCCGAGUGGCCAAUCGGAGGCUCGGGAUGAGUUGCCAAUCCUGGACCACUGGAGUGUGUCCCGCCCUCAUGUCUCUCUCAGAGACAUCAUGACUGAAGAACGGGCUCUACAGGAGAACAUGGAGAGGUCUGGUCCAGGUGGUGUUAUCAGGAGAGAUGGAGCUGCCAUGAUGAAGGAGACUCAGCUCUUUGACCUGUUCCCAACAUAGACAGACACUUCCUACAGGACAUCUUCAGAGACCACAAUUACUGUCUGGUGCAGACGGAGCAGUUUCUGAGGUCUAUGUUGGACGAGGGCCCUGUUAGAAACGUCGUGGCCCCAGAGCACACACCCCGUACUCACAGCAAGGAUCGAGACAAGAAGCGUGCAGCUGCAGCGCCAGUGGCCCCUCCCCCCCUCUCUCAGUACCAGGAUGUGGAGGACCCAGAGUAUGAAGACUUCCGAGCCGAGGCCAGGCUCCAGAGAGGAAGACAGCUGGAGAGCUUCAGCAAGGCUGCAGAGGCUUACAGACAGGGACGCAGAGGUGUAGCUUCCUACUAUGGACAACAGGGUCAUCUCCAUGGUCAGAAGAUGCGUGAAGCCAAUCACCGAGCGGCGGCCCAGAUCUUUGAGCGGGUCAACUCCUCCCUGCUGCCUCAGAAUGUGCUAGACUUCCACGGACUGCAUGUCGACGAGGCCUUACUGCACCUGUCUGAGGUGUUAGAGAGGAAGACCACAGGUACACCUAGCUAGACCUCCAGGGACUGCAUGUCGACGAGGCCUUACUGCACCUGUCUGAGGUGUUAGAGAGGAAGACCACAGGUACACCUAGCUAGACCUCCAGGGACUGCAUGUCGACGAGGCCUUACUGCACCUGUCUGAGGUGUUAGAGAGGAAGACCACAGGUACAC